AUAUGUCUUUUGUUUCUUCCCAGAAGGUCUAAUCCAGCAGAAGCACCAGAAUGAGCUGGGGUACACUGUACACCCAGUUGGUUGGAGUUAAUCGCCACUCCACCAGCCUUGGCAAGAUCUGGCUGUCCGUCCUCUUCAUCUUCCGGGUCACCAUCCUGGUAGUGGCUGCCGAAACUGUCUGGGGUGACGAGCAGUCCGACUUUGUGUGCAACACCUUGCAGCCUGGCUGCGAGAACGUCUGCUAUGACCACUUCUUCCCUAUCUCACACGUACGCCUCUGGUGCCUGCAGCUGAUAUUUGCCUCAACUCCAGCGCUACUGGUGGCCAUGUACGUCGCCUACCGUAACCAUGAAGACAAGCGAGGAAUCCUGCAGGGUGAGAAAAGGUCAAAGGCCAAGCAGGAAGAAGACCUGGAGAGUCUGAAAAAGAGAAGACUGCCCAUUGCCGGCCCACUGUGGUGGAUCUACGCCAUAAGCCUGGUCUUCCGCUUACUGUUUGAGGUGGUGUUCGUUUAUGCCAUGUACGCCAUUUACGACGGUUUCUGGCUUCCCAGGUUGGUUCGCUGUGAGGUGUCGCCAUGUCCCAAUGAGGUGGACUGCUUUGUGUCAAGACCCACCGAGAAAACCGUCUUCACUGUCUUCAUGGCAGCAUCUUCUGGAGCAUGCAUGGUGCUGAAUGUGGCGGAGCUGGCCUACCUUGUAGCUAAAGGUGCAACACAGUGCAUGAGGAUGAAUGCUGGGAAGGGCCGUGCAAAUCUCACAGGUAAAGACAAAGGCCUGCUGCAGAACAAGAAGAAUGAAAUACUGCUGUCUUCAUCAUCUUCAGUGUCAUCCACUUGCAAAGCAGUGUAGGAGCAGUGUCCUGUGUAUUGACUUCCGUUUCCGUUCUUUUGUCUUGCUUUUUUUUUUUUUUUUUUCAAAUUUUAUGGCACCAAACACCACUAAACAAGCCUUUGCUCAGUAUUCUGCAACUCAUGCUAAAUGUUACUCGUUCAAGAAGCUCUAGUGACAUCUAGUGGCAAAGCCCACAGUUCCUGCCUGAGAUGCUUAGAAUCUGGGUUAGAACAAUCUACAGUGUGUUAUAACAUACUAAAUACAUCCAUAGGCUAAGCAUGCCUAUGUAUUAUUAAAAUAUUACUAUGAAAAUAACUUGCUUUAUGUGGUCAACAACUAACAUUUAGAAUACAAUACUGAAUGUGAAUCCUGUAAAACCAACAGUAUCUGCUAAUGCUUGGGAUUAGGAGGGUGGUGGUACACUGUUAAAAGUAUAAGUUCCUUAAGGAACCUUUAGGUGUUCUUCAAUCUGAAGUUUCUCAAAGAACAUAUACUUUUAACAGUCACUGUCAUGAGUACUAUACACAAGUACUAUAUUAUCACUGAAUCCAACUGUGAAAAAGAAAAAAAUUAUAUAUUACAGGCUUUCACUGUAUUUACCUUGCUUCACAGAAUACAUAAAAUGUUAUUACAACGUAUGUAAUAGUCUAUAAACUGCUAAAUAUAUAGUGCCUUAAAAUGAGCCAUUAAGAUUUAUAAGUAUAUUUUGUAAGUGACUGGAUUGUAACCCUUAACCAGUGUUUAAUUCACCAUGCCUUAAUGCCUUAGUGCCUUAAUCCUUCUUUUAGGGCCCUAUGAUUUCCGUGAUGCAGAGAACCCUGAAAUAAAAACGCCUGUCAGAUAUGAAGACAAAAAUGUGACAACAAAGAAAAAAAAAGUAGGGAUUUCCUGGGGCCCUUUUAUUUUUAGUAAUCCAUUUUGUUUUUGCUUUUUGUGUUUACAAUAUUAGGUAUUUAAUGCCUAAAUCAUUUGUUAAUAGGUGGUUAAAAUGUGGUCAAUCUGCAUAUACUAAUUCAGUUGGAUAAAGCAUAGUGUGUGUGUGCUUUUGUAAUUUGUAGAUGUUUAUUUAGAGAAUCACACAUAAUUGAUGAUGAAUAACCUAAUUAGUUCAAUGUACAGAUGUUCUGAUGCAUUUUAUUUCAA